UCACAACAACAAAAAGCGAGCUUGUAGAGUGUACAACCGAUUCUUACUCCUUCUCAAAACCCCUUACGUCAUUGACUCUCUCUCACUCUAAACAAAAACUCUCUCUCUCUCUCUAGAGCUUCAUCUUCUUCUUCUUCUUCAAUGGGUUGUGCUGGAUCCUCUCAAGCUAAAGCUGAUGGGACUGUAAAGAAGAUCCGUAAGCCUAAGCCAUGGAAGCAUCCUCAGCCAAUAACAAAGACUCAGCUAAUACAACUGCGCGAUGAGUUUUGGGACACCGCUCCUCACUAUGGUGGUCGGAAAGAGAUUUGGGAUGCUCUUCGAGCUGCUGCAGAAGCUGAUCUAUCUUUAGCACAAGCAAUUGUGGAUAGUGCUGGGGUCAUUGUCCAGAGUUCUGAUUUGACAGUAUGCUAUGAUGAAAGAGGCGCAAAGUACGAGCUACCUAAGUACGUUUUGAGCGAGCCAACUAACAUGAUUCAAGAAAGUUAAUAACAAGGAAUAACUAUAGUAACAUUCAUCUGAAGCAUAUUGUAAAUCAUGUAUAUUUUUAUCUCAUUGAUUUGGUAACUUUCAUAGGGUAGCAACUUUUUUCAUGUCCAAAUUUGACUUUAUGUUUCCUUAUUAAACAACAAAUUAUGUCUGUUCUGUAUGAGAUGAUGUUGAUAAGUAUCAUCACUCUUUGGCAAAUACAAACUCCAUCUUGUAUCUUCCUUGAUGAAUUAAGUGAAAUUUGACCAUUACUCAAAA